AUUUAGGAUGUUUCCACGUCCAACCUCGUCUGGAACGCAGCAUUAAUGAAACUAUUGAAAAAAUCAGAUUGUUAAUCAAAAGGCGACCAGAGAGCUGUUAUUGUUUGACAGACAAUCCACAUACGCUAGAAAUCGUCUGCAAUCAUGUGACUGGAAUAUCCGGUGUAAACACAUUAUUAUUUCCGUUACAAUGGAAGCUGUUGUUGGUGAGGUUGUUACCCCAGAAGAUCUGGAGAAAUUCGAGAAGAAAUACAAGGCAGAGUUAUCAAAGGAGUCUGUGUCUAAAGAUACGCAGUUCGAAUAUGCGUGGUGUUUGAUCAGGAGCAGACAGUCGGAGGACAUCAAGAAGGGAAUAGUGCUGCUCGAUGAACUUAUUCAUAAAGGCACCAAAGAUGACCAGCGGGAUUAUCUGUUUUACCUUGCUGUAGCCAACUACAAGCUCAAGGAAUAUGAGAAAGCUCUGAAAUACAUCAGGACUUUACUGAAAAAUGAACCUGGAAAUUCUCAAGCUUUAGAUCUGGAGAAAUUCAUUAAUAAAACCAUGAAGAAAGAUGGGCUGAUUGGAAUGGCAAUUGUUGGUGGCAUUGGUCUGGGUUUGGCUGGAUUGGCUGGUCUCAUUGGUUUAGCUGUGGCUAAGAAAUCUGCAUAAGAGGAUGAGCUGAGCCAAAUCUUAAUGCCUUAAUCCCUGUUUUGGGUGUAGAACGGAUGCAGAAAGGCCUGCUAAAUAUCAGUCAUCCUGACACUGACAGAGAAUAACUGAAGGAAGCCUUACAAGCUUCCUUCAGUUAAAGCCAGAAAAAUCUCACACUUACAGCAUAAUGCUAAACAGAGCGGCACCUGUUCACAUCGCUCUUAUGAAAAGAAAAGGAACUCCAACAAUAUUUCAAUAUUUAUUUCUGUCACAAAAGUGUAAAGGGGCUUUAUGAUAUAUAGUAGAUGUUAAAACCUUUUUACUGUUUUAGCAAAAUUAUUCUUUGUAAUUGUAACAAUAUACGCUUACUGAACACAAAAAUGUGUAUAUACAUGCAUCAGCAGGUGUUUAUUAGGUACAUAUUAAGGCAUUAUUUUCAAGUAAAAAUGGAAAAUGUAUUGUUUAAUAUUUAAUUCGCUUAAAAAAAAAAAAAUAAUGCUCUUUUUACUUAACCAUUACCAUGAGGUGUGUGUGUGUGUGUGUGUGUGUGUCUGUCUGUCUGUCUGUCUGUCUGUCUGUCUGUCUGUAUGUUUGCAGCAUACACAACUUUUGUUACUUUUUUUUUUAUUGAACAGAUUCUAAGGCAAUUUGGAAUAGCAUUUCUUUCUGAUGUUAGAACCAGAAAAAAGCUUUCAGCUUAGACCAAAUACUAUAGCUAUAAAAGCGUGCCAUUUCUAAGUAUCUAGUAAUCUGUGUAUAUAGGUACAGAAGACAAUCGAGAGUACAGAGGCUGACUGAUAUAAAAUGUUAUUGUUAAAAAGGUGUUUUUUGUUGUUGUUGUUGUUGUUGUUGGAAACAUUUGAAUGCAAAGUUUAAAGGCAUAAAUGUUUUCUUUUGUGUUUUUAUUUUUGCACUAAGGCCCAGAGAAAAUAGUUUGCUUCAUGGUGGGUUGUGUUGCACUGAGAUUAUCUGAUUGUUUUAUUUUGAUUUUGUUUUCUGAUUUUAUUUCAACAGUGCUUAUUGCCAACUUUGAACACAGGCUGCAAAUAAAACUAAACCCCAUUGUG